AUGUUGCUAAGCAAAAAUGGUCAAGAAAGGGGAAUCCAUAUAAUCUCCAUCGUGGGGAUGGGAGGGAUAGGGAAAACAACUUUAGCCCAAAUAGUUUACAAUGAUAGAGAGGUUAACGCCUAUUUUCAGAAGAAACUAUGGGCGUGUGUUUCAUAUCCCUUUGAUGAGAUAAGGAUUGCAAAAGCAAUUCUUGAAGCUCUAACGGGUAUUCCGUUGGGUUUGCAUGAGUUGAACACUGUACUAGAGAAAAUCCAUGAAUCUAUUAUGGGAAAAAAGUUCCUACUUGUUCUUGAUGAUGUCUGGACAGAAGAUGAGAGGAAGUGGCAAUCAUUGAAAUGCUGUCUUAAAAGUAGUGCCUCCCCAGGAAGCAAAAUCUUGGUCACCACACGCAAGGAGAAUGUUGCUACUAUAAUGGGUUGUACCAGAUUAUUCAAUUUGGGGAAGUUGUCCGAAGAAGAGUGUUGGUCCUUAUUCAACAGUAGCAUUUUCUGGAUGGAAUCACAAAGCGCGUCAGAUCUUGGCAGACAUUGGUAA